CCAGCGUCGCCCUGCUGUACACACAGAUCCACUGAUAUUCCGGAAUAGCGACUAGUGUGGAGACAGGAAGCGGAAAAGAUGGAGAAGCAGGCGGGUUCUGGCUCGGAUAGUCCGGUAGGACCACCGGUAUUGAGAAAACCACGCAAUAUCGGAGCGAACAUCACCACCCGACAAGAAAGUAUCGACUCAUUAGACAGCCCUACAGGUUCUCAUGUGGAAUGGUGUAAACAACUGAUCGCUGCCACCCUCUCCAGCCAGAUCUCUAUCGGUGCUGUUCCUGAGGCUGUGAACCGUGAUUGCAGAACAACUGGGUGGAAGCUAGAUCAAAGGCUAUCCAGAAGGCCUAAUUUGAGGCAGGUGCUUAAAGACAUGCAAAAGUCAGUUCCCAGAGACGAAGUUCCACUGGUCCCCGGGGAGACCAUCAAGGCCACUGCUAAAGAUGUGAUGUAUAUUUGUCCAUUCACCGGUGCUGUGACAGGCACACUCACAGUCACUGACUACAGACUUUACUUUGUCAGUCUUGAGAGGAAUCCUGCGUUUGUACUGGAUGUGAAUCUGGGUGCCAUAAGUAGGUUGGAGACCAUCAGUGUUCAGAGCCAUGGAGAGAACACACAGGGCAUGGAGAUUGUCUGCAAGGACAUGAGGAGUUUAAGAUUUGCCUAUAAAAAGGAAGAGCAGAACAAGCUAGAAACUGUGGAAACACUUUCCAAGUGCACCUUUCCACUGCACAAUGAUCUGCCACUGUUUGCUUUCAAUUACACUGAAAAGUAUCCAGUAGAUGGAUGGAAGGUUUAUGACCCAGUGUCAGAGUACAAAAGAAUGGGUCUGCCUAAUGAAAGCUGGACUAUCAGUAAGAUAAACAGUAACUAUGAGGUGUGUGACACGUAUCCUGCACUGCUGGUUAUACCCACUAGUAUCAAAGAUGAUGAGCUGAAGAGAGUGGCAGCUUUCAGAGCCAAGCACCGCAUUCCGGUCCUCUCUUGGAUCCAUCCUGAAAGUCAGGCCACAAUCGUGCGCUGCAGCCAACCCCUGGUGGGCCCCUCAGACCGCCGCUCCAAAGAAGAUGAACGCUACUUACAGACCAUCAUGGAUGCUAACGCACAGUCCCACAAGCUGACUAUAUUUGAUGCGAGGCAGGGCAGCGUGGCAGAUACGAAUAAGGCUAAAGACGGCGGUUAUGAGAGUGAGAGUUUCUAUCCUAAUGCAGAACUGAAUUUUCUGGAGAUUCCCAACAUCCAUGUAAUGCGGGAGUCUCUGAGGAAGUUAAAGGAGGUGGUCUAUCCUACUAUUGAUGAGCUUCAUUGGCACUCUGCCAUAGAUGCCACACACUGGCUGGAAUACAUCCGGCUGUUAUUAGCAGGUGCAGUGCGUAUAGCAGAUAAGGUAGAGUGCAGUAAGAGCUCGGUGGUGGUGCACUGCAGUGACGGCUGGGACCGCACGGCCCAGCUCACCUCUCUGGCCAUGCUGAUGCUGGACUCUCACUUUCGCACAAUCAUGGGCUUCCAGGUGCUGCUUGAGAAGGAGUGGAUCAGCUUCGGACACAAGUUUGCCUCGCGUGUUGGCCAUGGAGAUGAGAAUCAUGCCAACUCUGACCGUUCACCUCUGUUUGUCCAGUUCGUUGACUGUGUGUGGCAGAUGAUGAGACAGUUUCCCUCAGCUUUUGAGUUCAAUGAGCUCUUUCUCAUUACCAUACUGGACCACCUCUACAGCUGCCUGUUUGGUACAUUUCUCUACAACAGUGAGCAGGAGAGAAUGGAAAAGGAAAUUGAGAAGAAGACGGUGUCUUUGUGGUCAUACAUGAACAGCCAGCUCGAGGACUUUACUAAUCCUUUUUAUGUAAACUAUGAGAACCAGGUGCUGUAUCCAUUAGCCAGUCUGAGGCAUCUGGAGCUCUGGGUUAGUUACUAUGUACGCUGGAACCCACGCAUGAGACCACAGGUGCCGGUGCAUCAGCAUCUAAAAGAGUUGAUGUUUUUGCGUGCUGAGCUGCAGAAGAGAGUGGAGGAGCUGCAGAGAGAAGCUGCUUCAUCACACUCCAUCUCCUCAUCUUCAGAUCAUGCUUCUUCCCCAUCUCAUGGUGGUACACCAAUUCACACUGCAGUCUAAAUGCAUGCAAACUAUAAAGUGGGUGAAGACACACAACGACGCACACAAAUCAGUGUUUUUAGUCAUUAGACCUUAGUUUCAACUUUUGCCAACUUUUUUUUAUAUACUGUGAAAAUGGCAGUUUGUCUCUGUCUUGUAAUAUAUGGUCAGCAUGUUUGAAGCAUGAGCGCCUAGUAUUUAAUGUCUAGCUGACCUGUACACAAACAUACACAAUAUGGCCAAAGGUAUUUGGACACCCUACCAUGAGCUUAUUGGACCUAUAGUGAACUUUUAGGCUAUAACAGCAGCCAGUCUUCUGAGAGGGCUCCUUACACGACUUAUGUAUGAAGUAGGUCUGUGCCCAAUUUGUGCCCGUUCAGUCAAAACGCAUUUGUAAAGCUGGGCACCGAUAUUGGUCAAGAAAGCCUCAAUGGAUGUUCCAGUUCAUUCCAAAGCUGUUCAGUGGGGCUCUGUGCUGGCCAUUAGUGUUUCUUUAAACCAAGCUUUUCUGGGCGGCACGGUGGCUAAGUGGGUAGCACUGUCGCCUCACAGCAAGAAGGUCCUGGGUUCGAUCACCAGGUGGGGCGGUCCGGGUCCUUUCUGUGUGGAGUUUGCAUGUUCUCCCCGUGUCUGCGUGGGUUUACUCCGGGAGCUCCGGUUUCCUCCCACAGUCCAAAAGCAUGCAGUCAGGCUAAUUGGAGACACUAAAUUGUCCAUGACUGUGUUUGAUAUAACCUUGUGUGAACUGAUGAACCUUGUGUAAUGAGUAGCUACCGUUCCUGUCUUCAUGUCUUUAUAGACAAUGCAGGAACAGGAAAGAGCCUUCCCUAAACUGCUGCUUCAAAGUUGGAAGUAUAUAAUUUCCUUUAUAUAUAUUACACUUGUUAGCAGCUGUUGUGGCUGAAACACGUAAACUCAUUGAUUUAAUAGUGUGUCCCAAUACGUUUGUUCAAAUAGUGUAUUUGUAUUUAGUAUCGCCUUUAACCUCUAGGAUGACUUACAAUGACCUUUGUGCCAACCCUUCCUUUUAUUUUGUACAAAUUCCUUUUUUAUUCUACGUUGUUGUUUAUAUUAAGUAUACUUCUUUAUUUUUGUACAUUAAUACUGUGAUGUUCCACUUUGUUGUCACACUGAACCUUUUAGUAUUAUGAGUUUAUUUAAUUUGGUGUAGUUUAUACGUUAGAAGACUGAUGUCCUGUGUGUGCAGGAAACUUAAAUGCCACUUAACUGACCUGCUCUGGAGAACAUGUUUACCUUUCUUAGGACUAGAAACUUUUUAAUUCACAAACCAAUUUCAUGCUUCAUGAAGGUGGGACUCCGAAUAAAUGGUGAUGAAUAGAACAGACUGUCCCAAACUGCACAUUCCUAUAUACUGUAGUCUUGUUCAAAAUUGUAAACAUUCCUGCUCAGAUUCCAUGUUUUGUACAUUUUAUGAGCAAAAAUAAGGUGACAUUCUCAAUAGGGAACAAUUUUAAAUCAAGCAUUUCUUUGUACAAUUUAUUGCAUAAUAAUGACUUUUUUAUGUCCUUUUUUAUGCAUUUUUCCCCCAAUGUUCUCCCAAUCUAGUCGUAUCCAAUUUCCCCGAUUGCAUUAUGCCUCCUCUCUACUGUUGUUGAAUUCUACUCUGACUGAGGAGAGCCGUGACUAACACACACCCCCUCUGACGUGUGUGCAGUAACCGACUGCAUCUUUUCACCUGCACGAGGAGAGUUCAUGUGUGGAUCAGCUUUGUGUACGGAGAGCAGUGAUGGCAUAGUUACCUUGAAAAAGUAAUCUGAUUACUGAUUACUCCUUUAAAAAGUUACUUAGUUACUUUAUGGAUUACUUGAUUUUAAAAGUAACUAAGUUAGAUUACAAGUUACUUUAUUAGUUAUAUAAUGCGGAAUAUUUCAAAGAUAUUCCUUUGCAAUACUUUAUCAUUUGGCUGCCAACUUUUGUGUACUGAUGAGACUCAAUUGAAUCCCAGAACAUGCUAGUGUGAAUGCAUGGAAAACAAAUUUUAAUUUUCUUUCAAGAAUAUGAUACAGACUGACCAACACUAUUAUGCUAAAUCAGCAUUGAAAAUUGACUUUACUUUUAAUAGCCUUCUACAAUGCUGGAGCUUCUUAAAACUGAAGAUUUUCUUUUAAAUAGAAGUGUUAUUUACCUGCUAUUAAAUUGUUUUCCAACAAAAUCCGCCCAAUUUGGCGGAUAAUCGCCCAAUCUGGCAACACUGGAAUGCGCAGAGCCAGCUGGCGCUUUUACUCGUAGCGCGCCACGAAUACUACUAAAUAGUACUACAGUACUUCUGUAAUGGUGUUGGUGGUUGACAUUUAUGUUGAGUGUAUUACUGCACUGUUUUGGUGAAGAACUACUCAUCUGAGGUGCGCUGCUCCUGCGUGCAGAAAUGCUUCCGCAAAAAAAUUGCCGGCAAAGCGGUGGUGGGGGGGCCAGAGGGGUGGCCGAAGAUUACAUUAUGGUGGCCAUGGCAACCACUGGCCACCCCCUGGCUCCGCCCCUGCCAAGAAGAAAGCAAAAAUAUAUUUUCACUAAGGAAAAUGACAAAAAUAGUAACGCACAGUAACUUGGAUAAGUAACUUUAAUCUGAUUACUGGAUUGGAAAUAGUAACGCGUUAGAUUAAUCGUUACUGAAAAAUGUGGUCAAAUUAGAGUAACAGACCAUCAGUGACGGAGAGUCACACCCUGAUCACAUUGUCCCUCGUCUCUGUGCAGGCAGCAUCAGUCUACCAGCAGAGGUAGUUGUUCGUGUAGGCGCCCAGUGUGCCGGGUAGCAGAGCUGAGAUUCAAACCAAGUUCGAGAUGUCAGCUCUGGUGUGCUAGCGUGUUUUACCGCUGUGCCACCUGAGUGACCAUAACACCCCCGACACCUUUGCACAUGUGCGAUACCUGAAAAAGUACUGAAUCUCAUGUAAAAUGUGUGUGCUGUGAGAAAUGUCGAGAUUCCUCUGCUGAACUGUGUAGAGAUUUGUCUGUCAUCUAUAACAGAAAUUACAUCAUUUUGCUAUAAACUGUAUAAUGCAGUGUUCAUCGUAAUUGUGUAAAAUGAACACAUUCACUGUUUACAUAUCAGAUCUGUCAUGUGAAUACAAUUUGGUCCUUAAUAUGUGACAUUAUAUUAUAUUAUGUGACUUAUUCUACCAUUUAUCUGUUAGAAGUUCCAUAUUGUGAUAAACUGUUACCGUAAUAAAGCCAAAUGAAUAAUUCACCAUUACGUAGUAGUGAAGAUUUUGAACACAGCAGGAAAUUGCUUGGAAGUUUGUAAAUAUUUUUCAGUAAUUUUAACGUCAUGUUUUACACUUUGGUUAUGUUCAUGACAGAAGAGGUAGUUACUUGUUACACAAGAUUCAUCAGUUCACAAGGUUAUAUCAAACACAGUCAUGGACAAUUUCGUGUCUCCAAUUCACCUCACUUGCAUGUCUUUGGACUGUGGGAGGAAACCGAGGCACCUGGAAUAAACCCACACAGACACGGGGAGAACAUGCAAACUCCACACGGGAAGGACCUGGACCGCCCCACCUGGGGAUUGAACCCAGGACCUUCUUGCUGUGAGGUGACAGCAAGUUUUUCAGUAAUUGUAAAAGCCUUCCUGGUGGACGUACCUGUGUAAUGUUAAAAUAUUGAGCCCUGCAAAUAAUGCACCAAUUGCUUAAGUUAUAGUUUUUAUAAAUUAGGCAAAUUUCAGAAGGACUUGAUUUAUAAUUUAAUGUAAAUGAUAGAAUAGAAAAAGUGCUUAAUACAAAGUGUCACGUUUUAACAACAUAUUAAAAGGUCUUGCUUAAUAAUGUGAUAAUUUGUGGUCCGUUUGUGAUUAUUUUUUGCUGUUUUAUAGACUAUUGCUUGUUCCCCUAAUCAAAAGAAUCCAAAGGUCCAGCAGCUCAAAACAGGAAACUACCUAUCUAUAAGGUAAACACAGGUUGUGUAUGGACGAGCUGCUUGUACAGCUACAACUAAAUGUCCUGAGGAAUUGAUUGAUGUUACACUUUUAACAUGCUGCCAACAUCAGCAAAAAAAAAAAAACUAAAUAAAUAAAAAAAUAACAAUGCCACCCUCUACACUUUGUAUCUGCACCUUUGCAUUGUGGUUAAUAAAUUAUUUGUAUGUUUUAUCAGUGUAGUUUUUAUAACCAUUUUACCAUGUCAAAACUUGUAUCCACAUAUAAAAAAGCUUUCAGAGCUGCAGUAAAA